CUUUUGUUUCCCAGACACAUUAUUAUCGCGUUUAUAUUGUCCCACGCGCCCCCACCGAUGGUCGUCGAACCACUCCGCCUCCGCAAUAAUAACUCCUCCGCCGCCGCCCGUGGCCCCAAUCAGAUGGCUCCUCCGCAUCUCCGUCCGGUGAAAGAGACCCACUUCCGCGGCGUCAGAAAGCGUCCGUGGGGGCGUUACGCGGCGGAGAUUCGCGAUCCAUGGAAGAAAACCCGGAGGUGGCUCGGCACGUUUGAUACGGCAGAGGAAGCCGCCAUGGCCUACGACGAGGCGGCUCGGAGCCUCCGUGGUCCUAAAGCCAAAACUAACUUCGGCGACGGCGGCAUGUUUAUGUCGCCGCCGCCGGUUGCCAUCCCUUUGCCCAACAUGACGUCUCCGCAACUCUUCGCUGAGAAGUUUCAGCAUUGGUACCCACCGGCGUUCCGGCCGAUCUCCGGCGCCGCCGGCGAUCGUCACGUCGACGGGCAGGCCUCGCGGUCGGAAUAUACUGGAUAUAAGUUAGAUACCUUAACCUUGGCCAUGAAUGUGAACGAAUCAGAAACAAAACCUGAUAAGAAGCCUGUUCUGUUUGAUCUGAACCAGCCACCACCGCUCUUCUGAUUCACCGGCAGCGGCGAGGGGUGUUUUUUCUUUCAGGAAUUUUUUGCGAGUUAUAUUAGGAAGGAAAAAAAAAGUAGAAACACUGGAUUUUAUUAACUUUUUUAAGUGUUAGCGGCGAUUAAGGUUCAUAGAUAACCUUGCUUUUUGUUGGCUUAAUUAUGCUACCUUACUUUAAUAAUCUCUUAUUAUAGACUAGUCAAGUAGUCAUCAUGUACAGCUUUUGGUGGGUUGCAAUUGCAAACCCCAAAUCUAUGUAAUUUUUCUGGGGACAUUUCCAUCCUGAAAUGCCCGUUCUGGUACGGUUUCUUUCGUUUUUUGGAAGCUUUACUGUAAUAAAUUAUUUAUGAACACAUGGCGGAGCUGAAUUUGAAACCCAAUGCAAAAGAACAAAAGCUACCGUUUGACUGUGUAUCACUUUCCAAUAAGUAAUAACGUCAGCCAGUUAAGGGUCCAGCCAGUUAAGGGUCCAAUAGAUAGAUGAUCAUGAUUUCGUUCCUUCAGUUUCUCCCCAGUAGCACAUAAAUAAGUAUACUUUACUCUUAUGAUUUUGAACUGAAAGCAUAGAACAGUAAACUUUGAUGAACUAAUACAUUUUUUUUAAAAUUUUUUUUUUUAUACAAUUCUUACAAGCACCUAGCCUACUACGUGUGAGUCUUUUUUUUUUUUAUACAAGU